UAUAAUGUAAUAUACAAAAAUAUGGUAAAAAUAACACCAAAAAUUAAUUUAGGCAAAAAUAAUUUACCCCCCAGUCAUUGUCAAAAUAUCAUGGACUAUACAAAAAUCUUAUAAAAAUAACACCAGUAAUAAUAACUUAACCCACUGUCAUAAUCAAAAUAUCAUGAAUUAUACAAAAAUAUUAUAGAUAUAACAGCAGUAAUAAUAAUCUACCCCCCAGUCAUUGUCAAAAUAUCAUGGAAUAUACAAAAAUAUUAUAAAAAUAACACCAGUAAUAAUAACUUAACCCACCCUCAUAAUCAAUAUAUAAUGUAAUAUACAAAAAAUGAAUGGGUGAACUUAACUAGCGACUUCAUGUGGCCUGCAGAGGAUGUCAAUAAUGCAACUUCCUGUGAACCAUGUGACCAUUAUUUCAUAUUUUGCAGUGUGUUGGAGUAACAGGACUGAGUGAUGACACAACUAAAGUGUCAUGUUUUUUUUCUUUAGGGGGAAAAAAAAUACAAAUGCGAUAAUGACUAACAUAAAUACUGUAUGUAAAAAAGAAACAUACAAUUUUGUAAGGGUUUUAAGAAUUAUUAUUAUUAUAAUCUGAUUUCAGGAAGUGCUUUUAAGGUCAUUUAAGUCAACAUUUUGUAUAUUUUAAAUGUAAUAAUUGUUUUAACUAAGUGAGCGAUACUGUAGUAAUAAACUUCCCAAUGCAGGUGAGUGAAUGACGUAUAAGUAGAUGUUUUCAAGUAUCAUUGUGAAUGAAUUGAAUGAGCAAUCAGUGAUUGCAUCAUCAUCAUCAUCAUUGUGAUGUGGAACCCCCAACCAGCUGGACUUUACUCCUCACAUAGUCCUUAUAAACGCACACGGGACCCGCAGCAUUUCAAUUCUUUUUGACGGAAACCCUUUCAAGAGGUAAGACACCGCUUACUUUUUAGCCAUGUCAAUAUUAUUUAGCACUUAAAAACUAACUUUUAAAAAUCUGCUUUUUCAUUUGCAGCGUCAGCCAUGAAGGUGGUCUUGGUUCUGGUUUUGGCUCUUUUGUCUGUUUGCCAUGGCAACGUGGUGCCGCACAAGCAGCCCGAGGCGCAGGUGGACGUGGUGAAAGAUGCUUUCUGGGACUACGUCGCCAAGGCAACCACGACUGCUGAAGACACCCUGAAGCUCAUCAGGCAGUCUGAGCUCGGGAAGGAAGUCAACACGCUGAUCUCUGAGAGCACGGCGGCCAUCAGCAAGUUGACUGAGGCUCUGCACUCUCAGCUCAGCCAGGACUUCACUUCACGCUUCUUGGAGCAAGCUGAGCGGCUGAAGGUGCGCCUGGAGAAGGACCUGGCGGCCGUGAGCGCCGACCUGCGGCCGUACGCCGACGAGGUGGCGGCGCACGUCCGGCAGCAGGUGGAGGAGCUGAAGAAGGAGGCCUCCGCCUACGCCCAGACCUUGGACUCGGAGGCCCUGAAGGCCGCCGUGCUGAGGAAGAGCCAGGAGCUGAAGGUCCACCUGGACGAGAAGGCGGACAAGCUGCAGACCAAGAUGGUUCCUUACGGUGAAGAACUGAAGCAGAAGAUGGACACCAGCCUGGAGGAGUUCCAGAAGAACAUGGCGCCUCUGCUUCAAGACCUCCACAGCCAGCUGACAGAGAAGAGCCAGAAGUUCCAGGAGAGGCUUCUUCCCUACGGGGAGGAGCUGAGGGCCAAGAUGGACGUGGACGCUCAGAACCUGAAGGAGCAGCUGGUUGCUCUCUGGAAUUCCUUCGCCAAGCUGACACAAUAACACCGUCAUCCUCAUCUUCACAUGGACUUAUCAACAACACCCGGUGACACUUUGAAACAAUAAAUCUUUUC